AUGGAGCGACGUCGUCGCUGGGAGCGCCCAGGAUCCAGCUGGCGAGCGGAGGCAAACGUGGUACUCAACACUAACUUGGCAGACGGGGUUGCCCAAAUGCUCGCCGAGGGAUGUUACGCAACCAAGUGGUGUGAGUACCAUUGUGUGGUCGGCCAUGAAACCACCGACUGCCACGCCUUGGGAAAAGGCAUUGAGAAGUUGGUUAAGGCAGGACGUUUGAGACAUCAUGUUAGGAGUGAUCAUCGUCGGGCCCUAUCAAGCCAAUUGGAAACCUUGGUGAUCGUAGGGCAAGAGCGAGAGUCGUCGACUAAAGCCAUUAGCACGAUCGCCGGAGCGUUCGGGGGUGGCAGAGAUACUUGUGCGGCAAGGAAGCGACAUGUGAGGGCGGUGAACUCUAUUCAGGAAACUUCUUUUGGCUUCAGGCACCCAUAUAUCAUUAUCUCAACAGAAGACUUUGUCGGGAUCAUGCCUUACCUGGAUGACCCAAUCGUAGUCCUGUUGAGGAUCAACAAUUUAAACAUCAGGCGUGUGCUCUUGGAUCAAGGCCGUUCAACAUACAUCAUCUAUGGUGACACAUUUGACUGGCUUGGUUUGGAGGAUAGUGAUUUGACUCCUUACACAAGGACUCUUGUGGGGUUCUCAGGUAAACAAGUUUGGGUGCGAGGGUUCCUUGAUUUAGACACCACAUUCGGCGAGAAUGAGAACGCCAAGAUGCUAAGGGUAAGGUAUCUGGUCUUGCAAGUGGUGGGGUCUUACAACAUGAUCAUCGGCCGGAACACCUUGAAUUGA